AUGUCUGCAAAAGAUGCAAAGCCUCGAGUCGAAGAUGCAGCUGCUUCUCCAGCUCCAACCGAUGUUAUGAGCCUUGGUGACAUUGUGGUAGACAAGCAAACGGAGAGGAGUUAUGUGAAAAAGCUUGACUACUACCUGUUGCCCUUCUUGAGCUUGAUGUAUUUCUUUAAUUCUGUGGACCGAAGCAAUCUUGGCAAUGCUCAGACGGAUGGUCUCGGAGCGGACCUUGGCUUCAUCGGCAACCAAUACUCGCUUCUUAUCUUGCUGUUCUACAUACCGAAUGGUCUUUGCGACCUGCCCUUGAACAUGCUAACCAAGAAGUUCUCGGGUAGAGUUAUGCUACCAGGUCUAAUGUUUGCAUGGGGCGCGAUGGCCCUGGUCCAGAAUGCCGCAAAGAAUUUUGCAGGCCUGUUAGUGAUACGGUUACUCCUUGGCGCUUUUGAAGCGGGCUUUUUUGCAGGAACUGUAUUCUACCUCACCCUGUUCUAUACGCGAGGUGAACUCGGUUUUCGCAUUGCCCUAUACUUCGGAUCUGCGUUACUUGCCAGUGCAUUUAGCGGAUUGAUAUCAUUUGGGGUGUUUCAGAUCAAAAACACGGCCCUGCAAGGGUGGCAGUGGCUUUUCAUAAUCGAAGGAGCUUUGACGGUGAUCAUUUCAUUGAUCGGUUUCUGGUGGCUCCCCGCAUCCUCAUCAAGUGCGUGGUUUCUCACCGAGUCCGAACGAGAAGUCGCUCGCUUGCGGUCUCUUCGUGAUGCGUCUCGCAAAGUGGAUACUGAGUUCGACCUCCGCGAGUGCUUCCAGACCUGGUCUGACUGGAAGUUCCCAGUAUGGUGUAUUAUCUCGUUUACUUAUCCAGUCGCAUUCAGCACUUGCGCCAACUUCUUGCCUAUUGUCUUACAGCGAUUGGGGUAUUCGACGGUUGUCACCAACCUCUUGACCGUACCACCAAAUUGCUGUGGGUUCCUGGUUCUACUGGCAGUUACGUACUCGUCGGAUAGACUGCGCGAGCGGACAUACCACAUUGUAUUUUCCCUCGUGCUAUCCUUUAUUGGGCUUAUCAUCCUCGCUACUGUUGAUGGCUUGACCCACCGAGGUGUCGCCUACUUUGCGUGCUUCCUCGUCGCGUCGGGGGCAUAUAUCCCAAGCUGCCUUGUCCAUUCGUGGCACAACAACAACAAUCUCAACGAGAACUCACGUGCUGCUAACACGGGUUUACUCGUGGGACUGGGUAACUUGGGUGGAAUCUUAUCAGCUGCAACCUUUCGCACCGAGUACGCUCCAAGAUAUGUGCCGUGCUUGAUAGCGACGGCGUGCUGCAAUGUCGUAUGCGUUGCCUUUACCUUAUGGAUGGGACUGUGGAUGAAGAGGGAAAACAGGAAAAAGGAUCAACUAUUGGGGGUUGUCCUACGACCUGAAGAUGUGGACACAAGGGAGUUGGGGAGAGGUGAGGGGGAUGCAAAAUGGCGUUACUUUACUUGA